AUGGGACGCGUAUUUGCUCUGUUUCUCUGCUUGUGUGUGACUGCAGGUGAAAAUGGUGUUCCGGAUGUCGGUUUUGAUUUGGUCAGCGACAUCAGUGCUGCCAGUCUUAAAGAUGACAGACGAAAACGACAGGCGGUUCCCGAGUGUAAAGAUGGAUACGAGAAGGUGGAGAACAGUACAAUGUGCCUUGUAGACAGCGAUGACGUCAUAUCAGUAGGCGUCACUGACGAAGACAAACGGAUUAUUUUAAGGGAGCACAACCGGUAUCGAGCCAUGGUUAAACCUCCUGCCAAAAACAUGAUGAAAAUUUACUGGGACGACGAACUGGCGCGUGUGGCCACAAAAUGGGCGAAACAGUGUAAGAGAGGACAUGACUUGGUAGGCUAUAUGCCAAAGUAUAACAGCCAUGCCGGCCAAAAUAGUGCCUAUUGGUUCCAGAGCUGGCGUGAAGUCAUACAGGCCUGGUACGAUGAGGUUAGCUUCUAUCGGUAUGGGGAAAAUCCAGAUGAUUACCUGGGUGAAGGCGGCUGGACAAAAACUGGGCAUUAUGCUCAGACCAUUCCAUACAGGGCUGAUUUUGCUGAGAAAAGUCUUCUCACGAUAUUUUUUACACAGUUGGUGACGGACACAAACACAUUGAUUGGCUGUGGAUUUUCCCUCUGUAAUGGUGGAUAUGAGCGCUAUUAUUUUUGCAACUACCUCACAGGCCUUCGGAAUUUAACACAGCCGUACAGGAGCGGAGAAAAGUGCUUAGACUGUCCAAAUAGCUGCAAUGGAAACGGAUUGUGUGAUUGCCCUAAUACAUUUUGUUUCAACCAAGGAAGCCUAGACAUAGACACGUGUAGCUGUACGUGUAAACCCCCAUGGAUCGGACCCAGGUGUCUACAGCUUCCGUGUGACGGAAAAGUGUGCCUUAAUGGUGGGUUCCUGGAUACUAAGGCGUGUCAAUGUUCAUGCAACUACCCGUAUACCGGCGACGUCUGUGAAACAGUGUCUUGUGAGAUGCGACUGGACCCGUCCUACUGCGGACGCCAGUGGAAACAAGAGCAGUGUGCCCAUAGCGCUGUCCGUGGCAGAUGCCCAGUCAUGUGUGGCCUGUGCGAAGGUGGGCUUUAA